UCCACUCGUUUUUCCUCUUUUAUUUUGCUUUUAUUAAUGUUCAGUCUUUAUUAAUGGUGUGCAUCUCUCUCUCUUUUUGGCUAAAAUGGCUGCAAAUCCAAAGGGAUUUCUGUGUGUAAUUGGAGAGCUUGAAGGUUAUCAAAUUAAACCACCCAGAGUCUGAGGACGACUCGGAAACUGGUUUCCCUGAAGAAAAGGCGUGUUAAACAGUGCUCCAAUUUCUAGUUCUGCAUAAAAAUAAGGGAUAUUACUUGAUAAAGUUCAAAACUUUGAGCUCAGUUGAUUAUCGAUAUGGAAGAUGGAUCAAAGGGCAAGUUGAAGGAUCCUGGGAUCUCUAUGAGGAAGCCAUCUUCGAGUACUACAUCUUUGAAAAGACCACGACAACCCAAUAACGAAACCAAGAUUGCUGCAUGCUUGGUUGAUGGGUGCAAUUCGGACCUUAGCAAAUGCCGGGAUUAUCAUCGACGGCAUAAGGUAUGUGAGCUCCAUUCAAAGACCUCAAAAGUUACAAUCAAGGGCCAGGAACGGCGGUUCUGUCAGCAGUGCAGCAGGUUCCAUUCGUUGGUGGAAUUCGAUGAAGGAAAAAGAAGCUGCAGAAGACGUCUUGAUGGACACAACAAACGUAGGAGGAAGCCUCAGUCAGAAUCCAUGCCCACAAAUUUGGGAAGAUUUCUUUCCAAUUACCAAGGCACAAGAUUCUUAUCAUUCGGUAAUCCACAAAUGUGUGCAGCAAAGAACACACAUUUGUGGGGCUGCGCAUUGAAACCGGAGAAUGAUUGUGUGCUGCUUGAUAACCACUCACAAUUAAAUGAGACAAGAAGAAGCUCAUAUGCUUACCGAGAAAAACAAAUCCCAUUUAUGCAAGGCUUUGAAUACGCGCACUCAGAAGCUGCUGUCUACCAACCAUUUGCAAAUACCAACUUUGCACCGGGAAAUUCUAGCAACAGCCAUAGAAUGUUUGCCAAUGGAUUAUAUGGCGACAUAGAAUCUAAUCGUGCUCUCUCUCUUCUGUCAUGGACACGAGCAACACAAGAGGAGAUUGGGCUGAGCAACACAGCACAGUCCAGUUCAGUCUGCCCGGCUCAGUCCAUGAUCCCAAGAAUCCACUACAAUAAUCUGGGAGUGCAGGAUGAGGCUGCAAUUUCUAAUUUGGUUAGUGAUGGCAACAGCAUUGGCAAUCUCCACUGCCAAGGCAAGUUUCAGAAUUCAGAUUAUUCCUGAUGCCUCAACUGCUGGUGCAUUCUACCCUUCUGGUGGGAAAAGUUUUAUAUGCAAAAUUAUCCCUCCUACUUGUUUGUCUUUUCAAUUAAAAAGAACUUAACAGUCCCCAGAAGGGUGGAAAUAAUGAUGCUGCUAGAUGGAAGUGUUUUUUCCCAUUUCUGAGAAGAAUUAUAUUUUGCAUAAGUGGAGUUUUCAUUAUGUAACCAUUAUGAGUUGCCACUCUGAUUAAUGUUUAUGAAGUUGUUUGCUUUCAUGACAAGACGAUAUGCGCAACCACUCUAAUAUACAGGUGGAUUCAAA